AUUUUGACACAGUCGAGUACACGGUGCUGCUAAACGCUGCGGCUCACCACCACGUAGACAAUCGCACCGGGGACGAGCAGAGGACCGAAUCGAGGUGAGCACCGCACGGAAUCCGCAUUUAGUAGCCGUGUUAGCCCGGAGGAUUUAAGAAAAUGGCAGAAAACGACAUGAGUGGUUGUCGUGUCUUUAUCGGCCGCCUGAGCCCACACGCCCGAGAAAGAGACGUGGAGAAGUUUUUCAAGGGAUAUGGACGGAUUCGGGAGAUCAACUUGAAGAAUGGAUUUGGCUUUGUGGAGUUUGACGACCAUAGAGAUGCAGAUGAUGCUGUGUACGAAUUGAAUGGAAAGGAGUUAUGCAGUGAAAGGGUCACUAUCGAGCAUGCUCGCUCCAGACGAGGAAGAGGUGGCGGCCCUGGAAUGGGACGUUUCAGUAGCGGUGGUGGUGGUGGAGGAGGUCGUGGUGGUGGCCGCGACAGCAGCGAUGGUGGAGGCGGCUAUCGCCCAUCUCGCAGCAGUGGAUCCAGGUACGGCCCUCCAGUGCGGACGGACCACAGGCUCAUUGUAGAGAACCUCUCUUCACGGAUCAGCUGGCAGGACCUGAAAGACCUGAUGAGAAAAGCAGGUGAAGUUACCUUUGUGGACGCUCACAGACCCAACAAAAACGAAGGGGUGGUUGAGUUUGCAUCUCGCAGUGACAUGAAGAAUGCCAUUUCCAAGCUCGAUGGGACAGAACUGAACGGACGCAAGCUGAAGAUAUUCGAGGAUAGCAGAAGUCGCAGCAAGAGCCGCUCCCGCUCCCGCAGCUACUCUCGCUCCAAGAGCCGCUCCCGCAGCCGCAACCGCUCCAGGAGCCGCUCCAGGUCCCUCAGCCGCACCCCAGAGAAGAAGUCAUCCGGUGGCGGCAAGGCCAGAUCCCCCUCCAGGUCCAAGUCUCGCUCCAAGUCCCGCUCCAGGUCUCGCUCACGCUCGCCUGCCCCUCGCCCUCGCUCACGCUCACCGGUCCAUCGCUCACGCUCGCCGGCCCCGGCUCUGAACAAACAGUCCCGCUCCCUUUCUCGCUCUCGCUCUCGGUCCCGCUCCCCCCGUUCACGCUCUCGCUCCGCCUCAGCAGACAGCAAGCACUGAGAUCAAUACCUGUGUUUGGUCGUAACAUAGACUGGUAGUUGAUCACCAUAGGCCUGUAUGGUGACAUGUGGUUUUGUUUUUUUAAUGAAGAAGAGAGGGAAUUGCCUUUUGCAAAUACUUGCCUCUUUCAAAAUAAGAUCAGCUGUUAAUGUGCCCAUCUUGUUAUUUUUUUGUUAGUUUGGAUGUGCUUCCACUGGGAAACUACUUUUGAUUUCCCGUUACUUAAUGAUUUAUACAUUUCCCCCCCUUUUUUUAAAACUCCAUAUUUUGACGACAUUCUGAGCGACAGCAAGCAUUUUAAUCGGUGACGACAACCCCUGCAGCCCGAGUGCCAUGUUAUGAUUCCAUCCACUCCUCUGUGCUUUGCCUGAGUGUUGAAAGUUAGCUGGGAACGGUUUCAAUUUCCCGAAAUGUUGUUGAGUCCGUUUAUGUUUGAAACGUGAGCUCCUGGUGUCGCCGUGAAACUGUGAUUCCGCUUCUGGCGAGGCACCGAUACAGGCGCCUCCACACGUGUUGCAUUCACUGCCCUGAUAUGUAUGUGAUGAUAGAAAUGCUAACCUCUCAGUUGGUGAUGCAUUUCAGCUUCCCUGUGUAAUGAUAUUGUGAUUUGAAACUAAUUUUGAGCGGCUUUUUUAAACACUGCUGUAUCAGGACGGUGUCUCGUGUUCGUGAUUCAUUUUCUUAAGUUUCUUUGCUUUUAUUUACUUCGUCUCCAGACUUGUGUGAUGUUGUCUGAACACGAGUCUUUUUCAGCAGAAGAAAUGUUUAUUGAUUCGAUACUAAUAAAAGUCACUUCAUAUUGUCA